CCCGUAAACAGCUGAUACGUGAACCAAGUGGCCAGCCUCGUGAGCUUAGUUACCAUUACACAAUAUUCCCUAUUUUCGCCUUAAUUUAUCAUCAUGGGGUGGUUCUUCGGCGACAGUUCCUCAGACACGCCACAAACUGAGAGCCACACUUCAUCUUUUGACGAGAACUUUAGCACAGACUCAGGAUUUUCGAGUUUUGAUACCAGUUCUCUAAGUUCAGGUCUGGACAGCAGCAGCAUAGGAGGCGGGCACAGCAGCAGCAAGGACUCUGAGCUGCAGUCUUUCUUGAUGAUGGAGCAACAGAAGGCACAGAUGCAGGCCAUGAUUCACAAGAUGAACGAGGUGUGCUGGGAGGUGUGUGUGGGUUCGCCGGCCAGCCGUCUGGAUGCACGAACAGAAACUUGCAUCUCAAAUUGUGUGGACCGGUUCAUUGACUCCUCUCUCUUCAUCACCAACAGAUUCGCUCAACUCCUAGCCAAGUCUGGAGGGUCAAUGUGAGCUGGGAUGGGUGCUGUUAGCUAGGGAAUGGGUGGCAGUGUGGCAUAGGAGAUUAAAUGAAGGAAUUUUAGGAUUGUAAAAUAAAAACAGUGGAAUCAAUCUUGGAAGGAAUUGGAUUGUAAACUAAAAACAGUGUGAAAUAGAUAUUUGAUAUAAGAACUGAAGGAAUGUAAGAUGAGAAGGAUGAAGUAAAUACAUGACAAUGUGAAAUAUAGGUACUGUUACUGUAUUGAAAUAUGAACUAGGAGGAAGGAAAACAGUAGAGAGACAGAGAAAGUUGUGCAUCACCAUUGUAUAUAAUAGAUUCUUCAUUCAACUGUUCUCCUGUAAACUCAAAUGCAUUUCUUCUUAUGAAAAAUAGGAAAUGUAUCAUGUCUUUCUUUGAACACAUCUUUUCUUUUAUUAUUUUUAGCUUAUGAUGGCAGGUUAAAGCUAGUUCUUUUGUAAUAUUGGAUAGAUAUGAUGUGUAAUAUCUAAUAAAACAAUGAAAACCUAA